AUGUCGCCGGAGCUAGACCCGACCCUAGUUUGGUCUCCGCCGGUGGAGGAGGUGUACGUUGCAGCCGAGGAGAGGCUGGAACCACGGGACAAGAAGCCGUAUAGGCGCGGGAUUACGAAACUCCCCAAGCUAAAAACUUGGGCCUUCCGCGAUGUUGUUCUCGUGCCCGCUGGAAAGAGCAUGUUCAAGUAUGGCGACCCGAGGAGGAAGCCGACACGUGAGUACCCGAACAUCCUUGGAGGCAUAAUUAGGAAGCAUUUCCCUGGGAUUGUCAAUCUCCCUACUGGUGGCCGCGACGUGGCUUGGACUUGGAAGCACUACAGCUACGCGGAAGAUCCUAGCGGCAAGUACGGAAACAUGCAAGAGCGGGUUGUCCGCCACUUCUGGAAAUACUUCAAGAGGGCUGAGGGCAAGGAAAUUGCGUGCGACGUUAUCUUACACGAGUUGUGCAGGGUGAGGGUGACUGGCAUGCACUACGAGGCACGUGUCCAGUGCGUCCGCGACUGGCACGCCGAGCGCAAAGUUUGGAUGAGUAAGGCUGAUUGUCGGGAUACGCUCAUGGCACCAUGGCAGUACCUGCAGCACCCUCCUCAGUACGUCGGGGAAGACAGGCGUGCUUUCUUGCGAUGGUCAUAUGGUGGACAUCCCGCGAGUACGCCCGGAAGCACGAGGAGGGCAAGCGAAGCGUUCGAGAGAUGGGAGGAAGUGAAGACAGGCGUGGCACCAAACUUGUUUGGAUUUUUCCAAAAGUCGAAGACCAGGAAGGAGCCGCAUCCUGAAACGGGGUCCUUGUGGGUCAACGACCUAGCGGAGGGCCAGUGUGGCGCGUACCGCUCGAAGUUCAAGGACAAGCACGGCGAAGACGCCGACCCAACCACCGAAGAGUUUGACGUUGAGGUUGCGGCGGAGAUGGAAGAAAGGGAACGGAGGCACCAAGAGGAGCAGAUGCAGAUGCAGCAGCAGCUUAGGGAGAACAUGCAGAUGCAGCAGCAGAUGUUGCAGCAGAUGCAACAACAGCAGCAGAUGUUCCAACGAGAUGUUCAUGACUUCCCCACCGGGGAGUAG